AUGUAUUGUGGAGAUUAUACACAGGGAACAAUUCUUCCUGCUCCAAAUUUUAACCCUGUAAUGGAUGCCCAGUUGCUAGGAGGAGCCCUACAGGGAAUUUGUUGUGAAAAGGAUGUGUUGAUUGAAAUCCUAACUCAGCGUUGCAACUCCCAGCGGCUCAUGAUUGCCGAGGCAUACAGAGACAUGUACGGCAGGGAUUUGAUAACAGACCUAAAAGAGAAUCUCUCUCAUCACUUUAAAGACGUUAUGGUUGGCUUGAUGUAUCCACCUGCAUCCUAUGAUGCCCAUGAGCUUUGGCAUGCCUUGAAGGGAGUAGACACAGAAGAAAAAUGUCUAAUUGACAUAUUAGCCUCAAGAUCAAAUAUGGAGAUCUUCCAGAUGAAAGAAGCCUACCUAAUGCAAUAUAAUUCUGAUCUUCAACAAGAUAUCGAUUCUGACACUUCGGGUCACUUCAGAGAUACACUCAUGAACCUUGCUCAGGGAACAAGGAUGGAAGGAUAUGCAGACCCUUCUACAGCUGUUCAGGAUGCAAUGAUUCUGUGGGAAGCAUGCCAGCAGAAGACAGGCGAACACAAAAACAUGCUGCAAAUGAUUCUCUGCAACAGGAGUCAGCAGCAAUUGUGGAUGGUUUUCCAGGAGUUCCAAAAUAUCUCUGGGCAAGACAUAGUAGAUGCCAUUAAUGAAUGUUACGAUGGAUACUUUCAAGAACUACUGGUUGCAAUAGUUCUCUGCAUUCGUGACAAGCCUUCCUACUUUGCUUACAGGCUUUAUAAUGCAAUUCAUGAUUUUGGUUUUCACAAUAAAACAGUUAUUAGGAUUCUCAUUGCCAGGAGUGAGAUAGACUUGAUGAACAUACGCCAGCGAUACAAAGAGAGAUAUGGGAAAUCACUCUUCCAUGACAUUAAACAUUUUGCUUCAGGGCAUUACAAGAGUGCUUUACUUGCUAUCUGUGCUGGUGAUACAGAAGAUUAUUAAGAAGAUGCUCUCAGAAGGCUGUACAAACCUAUUUUAAAUAGAAAUUGAAGCUAUAUGCAAUGCACUAACUGUAAGAGAUCCCUAUUUCAUAUAACAGAACAGCAAAAUUAGUAAUGUACAUUUGCUAAUAUUAAAUCUUUCUUGAGACAGGAAAAAAUGUUGGCAGGAACAUGGUUUUAUCCCUAGUUCUAAUUAAUAUUUCUGAUUUUAUGAUUAAUGUAAAUUAAUGCAACAAGUGGUAAAAUGACUCAGUGCAGGCAUUUGUUUAUCAUUUAGUGUCACAACAUCCCAAACAUUCAUCAACAGGCUCUGGAAGAAUUUAUUCACUUCCACACUAGAGAGAAGAAAAUAUUUUGCUUUAUUUACUUUUAGCAAGAUGAUUUCUUUCUUUAAGGAUUUUUUUUCUUUUCUUUCCUACUUCUUAAUGCCUCACAUUUUCUGCUCUUUAACAUUAUUGUUUUAGUUACAACCACACUAAGCAUCUGCCCCCAUCUAUUAUCAGUCACUUAUCAGAGUGCUUUUGUAUUCUCUUUUACUUUGCUCACGUACUUAAUGACCUUUCCCUUAUUCUGCUUGAAACAAAAGUAAAAAUUAGAAUCAAGUACUCCAUCCAUUCCAGUGCCAUGAACUGGGAAACCUGGAAGACGAAGCGCUACUUAACUUCAAGCAGGAAAGUUCCAGAGGAUUAUAAUCUCUAUUCCAUUUUUACCCAUCUCAUUUUAACCAUUCAUUGAAUAUUGACCUUCAGAGCAUGGAGGUAUAUCCAGGAUGCCCUAGGCGGCACAAAUCAAGAAUUGACUUAUCGUGGGUAACUUUGCACCUCCUAGAGAGGCCGAAGGAUGCGGCGUUCUCUGGAGCACCCGCGAACAAUCUGACACAGCAACGAAGGGAAGGAAGGUGGCAGAGCCCGGCCUCGAGUCCUCGCCCCACGGAAAAACGUGACACUGCUUUAAAUUCCCCGGGGCUGUUCAGGGCAUCCUAUCCUGGGCCUCCGUACCUCCUGCCAGCCUCUUAAUCAGGAGUGAGGGGAAGUACCACACUUUUUAGUGCUCACUAAAAUAUCUGCCCGUGGCUAUUCCUCCGCCGCCACAAGGUGUCCAACUGGACACAGACCCUGUGGAUGUUCUUACAGAGGUACUUUCUGCAGGUGCAGCCCGUGUGACUGAAUAAAGCACUGCUACAGAAAGGCACAGAUGCCUGGUUGCUUUUGUGCCCUUUGCGCCUGUCGCUUCCUUCAGCCUCUGGACAUAACACUAAUUACAGCGCGUCUGCCUUCAUUGCAAAUACUGACAUCGUGUUGCUAACAUGUUGAUUUAUAAUAAACUUAAAAUUUCUUUCGAA